CAAGGAGACGCCUGUGUUGAGAAAAAAUAAGCCUUGAGAAAUGAGUAAACAAGAACGAGGUUAGACCUUCAGCAGGAAAUAGCAAAGCACGUGCACAAGCUGCAGGGGCGAGCCUGGGAGAUUAGUGACCCAGGGUCAAUAGCAGAGUUAGUUAACAACCUAGUUAGUCAUCACUAUUGCAUCAUGUCCGGGAAAUGAACGCCAAUGAUGUGACCAUUUAAGGGAGUGUUGGCCUCGUUUCCUUAGCACUGUAGAAGCUACAGAAAAGUUUAUAUUCUAUGAAUCAUCUUGGUGCUUUGAUGCAGUAUUAGUUACAGUACAUGGGUGUAGCAGCACAAGUAAAUAGGCGACUGGCUAACACCAAUUACUAUGACCAAUAACCUGAGGGUUUUGGUUUGGUUCCUGGAUUAGCCCGAGAAUUGCCUUGAAAGCAUCCAAUAGGAGCACAGCACUACUUGUGGGUGAUGCUGUGUCCUAUUUGGACGCUCGCUAGGAUACAGAGAAAUUUUGCUUUAAAAACCCAUGUCAGGAGCUGAAAAAUCAGCUCUCCAGCCAUCAAGAAACUCUCCAUUAGUUUCCUGGCAGUUAGGACGAAAUCAUGCAACUGAGAUCCUCUAAUGUAGCUACUGCUUCAAAGGUUCCAACUCUACAGAGUUUUGCAUAUAAAACAGUGAAAGACAGGUUACCGGUAAUAUUAACCAAGGUGAUUGACUUGCUCUUCAGAGAACGAAACAAUAUUGCAAACAUAUAUGGAGAGGUAGGAAAAGAAGAAGGUAAAGAAGUAACUGGAAAAUGCUCUAUGUUACGUAAUGAAAUGCAAACCAACAAGCCUCUCAAACUUCUUGAGGGUAAGAGAUCAGAUGUAAUAAUAUGGAAUGACUACCUUAGGAAACAAACUGAAGAAAUGAAGAAAGAGCCUCGAUGGUUUGAAGCAGCUUGGCUGUAUGUAGAAUGUUACAUGUACCGGAGAAUACAAGAUGCUUUUGACUUGACAUCCAAGCUUCAAGAUUUUGAUCCAUUUAAAAACUCUAAGGAAAUGGCAUUUCAGUCCUCUUUGGAUGCAGCCCUGUACUUUGGAAAACACAUUUUAACUACCAUAGAACAGCUUCAGCAGAAGCUUCAUAAAGAUUCUCCUGAAGUUUUUGAGCAUUUCCAGUUAUUUCUUCAGGUCUCAUUGUGGGGUAAUAAAUGUGACCUGUCCAUCAGUGCAGGUCAAAAUGUUGCACAAAAAGAAUCUCCAGUUGAACAGAUUCACAAAUUGCAAGACCAGAUUCUAGUCAAUGAUACCAGAAAACUUUUGGAAAUCUUGCAUCAGGCUAACCAUGACAAUCCAAACAAGGUAACUCUUUCUCUGGUUCUUGAUAAUGCUGGUUUUGAACUUUUUACUGACCUGUGCCUUGUAGAGAUCCUUCAGCAACUUGAAUUGGUGACCUUUGUCAACUUCUAUGUUAAAGAUAUGCCAUGGUAUGUCUCUGAUGCUACUGAACAAGAUUUUUUGUGGAUUUUAGAAGUACUUGGCAAAUCUGAGCACCAAAGUUUUCAAGAACUUUCAAAAAUUUGGAUAGAAAAACUCCAGCAGAAAUUAUGGACUAUAGAAAAAGAGAAGUACUGGACUUUACCAUUUGAUUAUAGUGUAAUGGAAGAAAUGGAUCCUGCACUUUAUGCUAAAUUAAGUGCAAGCCAAGUUAUCAUCUUCAAGGGAGAUCUGAACUACAGAAAAUUGACAGGUGAUAGGCAGUGGGAUUUUGAAACUCCGUUUCAAACCUCAUUACAAGGUUUCUUGCCAGCACCGAUAUGUGCACUAAGAACUUUAAAAGCAGAUACAGUUACUGGACUUUCACCAGGACAAGGUGAAAGUAUUGCUAAAUCUUUUCCUGAUUGGAUGAUUUCUGGUGAUUUUGGUCUUAUACAAAUAGCUACACCUUAAUUAUGUUAUUUUGAAUCCAAUGUUCACUUCUUCCAUUUCAGCAGCUUUACAUUUAGACCUAUAGAUUUUUUAAAAUCCACUAAGGGCACAUCACCCACCUCUUUGGUUUUUUAAAAAAUAGUCAAUUUUAACCCGUUUCAGCUCUUAUAAAAUGAGAUGGGUAAGUCAAACCUCUCUUUUUGUGAUUUUCCAGUUCUUGUGGUAAUAAUAACAGCAUCUGUUAUAUGAUAGGCCAUGAGCAGUAGGACUUGUAGACUGUAGUUGAAUAUUAUUUAUUGGGUUUAAUAAUAGUUUUUAAUAGGCCUUUCAGUUAUGCUACAGAAUUUGCAAGAUAUAGAAAAUUAAUGCUUUUCAAGUGUUCCAAGUUCAAAUAAAAUUAAAACUCCAUUUCUUCUUGAGGUUGAACUCGUUCUGUUUUCUUUUAGACAAAGAUAACUCAGCAUACAGUGCUAUAGAAGUGAUUCUCUUAAGUUGUAAUCACAAAACAAUCUCUAAAGCAUGAUUGAUAGCAGUAUCAAAUAGUUGCUUACUUGAAAUUUAUACAUUACAGAUUAUUCAGGUAUUCCUUAUUAAAUUGAGGUCCAUGCUGUUCUAAAAUAAGGAAAACAACUGCAGAUACAUGUCCUGAUUAUCUUACACCUAAUGUCCUGAUUAUCUUACACCUAAUGUCCUGAUUAUCUUACACCUAAUGUCCUGAUUAUCUUACACCUAAUGUCCUGAUUAUCUUACACCUAAUGUCCUGAUUAUCUUACACCUAAUGUCCUGAUUAUCUUACACCUAAUGUCUUGAUUAUCUUAUGCCUAAUGUCCUGAUUAUCUUAUGCCUAAUGUCCUGAUUAUCUUACGCCUAAUGUCCUGAUUAUCUUAUGCCUAAUGUCCUGAUUAUCUUAUGCCUAAUGUCCUGAUUAUCUUAUGCCUAAUGUCCUGAUUAUCUUAUGCCUAAUGUCCUGAUUAUCUUAUGCCUAAUGUCCUGAUUAUCUUAUGCCUAAUGUCCUGAUUAUCUUACGCCUAAUGUCCUGAUUAUCUUACACCUAAUGUCCUGAUUAUCUUACACCUAAUGUCCUGAUUAUCUUACACCUAAUGUCCUGAUUAUCUUACACCUAAUGCCUGAACAAGAGAACAAAUUAAACGAGGUAGAUUCAUAACUUUGUUGAAGUACUCUAGAUCAGGUAUUUGAUUCUCAAGUUAUUUAAAUGUAUUACUAUUUGAUGAAGCUGUCAAGAAUUACAUUUAUGUGUAUGUGAUUUGUAGUUUAUAUUACUUACGACUUUGGGUUUUUUAAUUGCAGUAGUUUCUUUUAAUCUGUUGUCUUGUUUGCUGUUGGAGCUAUACAUGAUGGUAUAAAGUUGUUUUUAUCGGUUGUUUCCUGAUAUUCUUGAUCUACAAAACUUUGUAAAACUGCCAUUGAAAAACUUUACCAUCAUAUUUAGUUCCAACAGCAAAUAAGAUGUUAGAAUAAAAGAAAUUCUGGAGAUUAAAAACUCAAACAUACACUACAAUUUAUAAUUCAAUGACAAAAGUGAGUAAAUUGUAAAGAUGAUGAGACUAUAAAAGACAUAAUGUAAAAUAUAUAGAAAUUGUUGAAAAUUACAUUUCUAACAAUGUGUGUUAUGUUAUUGAUAAAAAUAAUGUACACAAUGUUUAUUAGAGACAGAGUAUUCCAGUAAAACGGAACACAUCAUUAGAUGGACAUAUGUAACUCCUUAAUCUGACUAUAAAGACUUUAAAAACCAUUA